AUGGCCCUCGACGCAAUGGACCUCGACCCCACCCCGACAGGGCCCGCCACGCUGCCGUCUCCCGAAAAAGACCGCAAGCGCAAGCACAAGGACAGCACAUCGCCCAGCAAGAAGAAGCGCAAGCACGAAUCCGACUCGACCAAGAAGAAGAGCAGCAAGAACACCGCGCCGCAAUCCACCAGCGUCGUCAACGCCGAGGACCCUCACCCGCAACCACUCACGCUCGCCUGCACGGCCGGCGAAUACGGUGUUCUCUACGUGUACCUCACAGCGACCUUCCUGGUGUUCCGACCCCAGCGCGGCCAGAUCCUCGAGGGCUGGGUGAAUGUGCAGUCGGAAGGCUUCCUAGGCGCGAUCGUCCUGAACCUGUUCACCGUGGGCAUUGAACGGAAACGUCUGCCCCCGAGCUGGAAGUGGAUUCCGCCGGGCGAGGAGCAGGAAGAGGAGCAGCAGCAGCAACUAUCAUCCUCCACCGAAGACGCACACGAAGAAGACGAGGAAGAUAGCGACUCUUCUAGCCAACAAAAGAACAAGACGCCCUUCGACCCGGAGAAAGAACUCUUCCGACCCAUUGCUCUCGCUUCGGACGUGAACCCCCUCGCCGAUACCGAUACCAAUGAAGGCGGCAACAACACCACCAACGAUGAGGACGAGGACGCCGCCGCAGAGGGCUAUUUCCAGUCCGUAUCGGGACACCGAGUGCGCGGGACGAUCAAGUUCCGGGUCGUGGAUGUGGAUGUGAUUCCUGGAUCGGAGCGGGAGAGUGGCUUCAUCAGUAUCGAGGGCACGAUGCUGGAUGAGGAUGAGGAGCGACGUCUGUUCGAGGAGGAACGCACCGGUGUUUCUUCUCUUUCUACUGGCAUGACACCAAGGAGAUCAACCUCGGCCUCCAUGUCAGGGGCACUGGCUAUCCGGUCUGCUUCCACCUCUGCUGCGCCUUCCCCCGUGGUUGUAGAUAUCGAAGUAGAGUCGCCGAGUAAGAAGCCCGUGAAGGAGAAGAAGUCCAAGUCCAAGUCCAAGAAGGAGAAGUCGAGGGAAUGAGUGUCAGUGUGAGUGUGUAGUGAACCCUGUUGAUACGCGCUGUACGCUCCAUGUUAUAUACUCCGUGUUCUAUUCUCUUUUUUAUAUUGUAUUCAGCUUUGUCCACGUCUGGCGUUAGAUGGGAGAAUCAAAAGAUCUAUCUUUUUAGGGUGUUUUACUCAAAGGGUGCUUUUUGAAUGAUAGAUAGAGUCUGUUAACUUGGUUACUUGAUCCGGAAACAUGAGGAGAAUAGGCUAGGAGGUAGAACUACACUCGGCAAUUAGUACUGCUAUGCU